GUUCUUCUCCUACGGCACGCCAACCCGUCAUAUGACCACGACGCGAGGAGCCAGAGGGGAACAGCUGCAGCCGCCGGAGUCGGUGUCGUGGUGACGGAGGCGAAGCGGAACGAGACAGGCGAGGCGGACGCAGGGAGAGACGGAGAGGCGGGUAGAGACGCGGCUGGGCUGCUGUCGCUGCCACCAUGCUGGCCUUGUUGUCUCGGCUGCUGGAUUGGUUCCGGUCGCUCUUCUGGAAGGAAGAGAUGGAGCUGACGCUGGUCGGGCUGCAGUACUCGGGCAAGACCACCUUCGUCAACGUCAUCGCGUCAGGCCAGUUCAGUGAAGACAUGAUUCCUACAGUGGGCUUUAACAUGCGGAAAGUUACCAAGGGUAAUGUCACAAUAAAGAUUUGGGAUAUAGGAGGACAGCCACGAUUCCGAAGUAUGUGGGAACGCUACUGCAGAGGAGUUAAUGCUAUUGUCUAUAUGGUAGAUGCUGCGGAUCGUGAAAAAAUAGAAGCUUCUAGAAAUGAGUUGCACAAUCUUCUAGACAAACCACAGCUACAAGGAAUUCCUGUUCUAGUACUUGGAAACAAAAGAGAUCUUGCUAAUGCACUGGAUGAGAAGCAGCUUAUUGAAAAAAUGAACCUGGCUGCUAUUCAAGACAGAGAAAUCUGCUGCUACUCCAUUUCUUGCAAAGAAAAGGACAAUAUAGAUAUCACACUUCAGUGGCUUAUUCAGCACUCAAAAUCUCGAAGAAGCUGAAAAUGUUCACCUAGCUGCUCAUUUGGCCAUAUUCUCAAUUGUCUACUCCCUCUGUGAUGAAUUGUUAUCCAGGAUAGUCCUCCUGUGUCCAAGGAAUUGCCUUUUUUCACAGUUCAUGCCUCCAUAUGCACUGCUGAAUGACUUAUAAUCCUACUUCUGUCAACGAGUUGGCUAGAGUUGUCAUAAGUCGUGCAAAUGUUUUUUAUUCAUUUCAUCUAGACAGUGGCAGUGGGUACCUCUUCUUCAGAUUCCCCCCCCCCCGGUCUUCCUGAUCCAGAUUUUUAUAUUAGAUUUUCUGCACAAUUAUUUCAUUCUUGUAUGUAGCUGCUCAUUGGAAAUGCUGGCACAUGGCAGCACAGGGAUUUGGUCAACUCUUAUUAUAAAGCUUUUCCAACACUGUUUAAAUGGGAUACUGUACUAAUUUUUCCUCCCAGAUGCAUGUGAUGUAUAUUGUAAAAAGGUUUCAAAGGAAAGUGCGAAGCACUACAAUUAAAUCACUAAAUUAUCAUAAAUUCUCAAAUUGUAUUUCUCCCAAUGAAUAAAAAAUUCAGGUUGUCAGCUUUUUUUUUUUUUUGUAUUGUGCAGGGCAUUGCUAAUUUCUUUAUAUUUGCUAAAGUUGUUUUAAGUGGAGCAAGGAAUAAAAUAUUUCAAAAUCAGCCUCAAAAAAUUGAAUGUAAAAGCAGGUAUAAUGUAAUGUUGAAUUAGAUGAACAGUCACAUCUUUCUUCUAGAAAUGCUUUACACAGACUACAGCUGUAUGACAUUCUGGAUGUCAUAUUAAUUUCCAGCACAAAAAUAUGUGUCACUGUCUAGCUUAUUCUUCUAUUAAUGGAGUAGUUGUGCACAGUUGCACUUGGUGCUAAAUACCUAGGCUAUUGUGACAACACUAGGUUUGCCUGCUUCUCACUUUGUAAUCAUGUAUAAAGUUCAUAGGCUAUGAAACAUUAAAUUGUGUCUUGAAGUACAAUAUAAUUUAUGAAGUGAUUCUCUAUCUCAAUUAGCUUCUGCAGCGUACUGGUUAUUUGAACUGGGAAAAUUAACAUUACUUUCAUAUCUUUACAUUCUUGGUAGUGUCAAUAUCUAAACUGGUUUGUCAAAGCUGAACUUGUUGAUGCAGUAACGUUGAGGUAGGCUACAGUAUGCAAAUACAUGGUAGAGGUGUUUCUGUUGCUCCUCACUGUAAUAUUACCGUAAAUGCCGGCGUACAAGGCGACCCGGCGUAUAAGACGACCCCCGUCUUUAUAGCCGGGCCGCAUUCCUAGAACGUCGUCUUGUACACUGGAAACUACCAGUAUUUCCGGCGUAUAAGACGACUCGGCAUAUAAGACGACCCCCGUCUUUGGCGCCGAUUUCAGCGCUCGCAGAAGUUGCCUUAUACGCCGGCAUUUACGGUAUUUUACGGAACACCUAUAUGUAUUUAAAUGCUGUUUAGAACCCUUGUUUAAUAUAUGUUUGAUGCAUCCAUAGGUACCUUCUGAAUGUGCUUGUUCAAGUACAAACUGUUUCUCAAAAAUGAACAUUUUAUAUUGGAUCAAGUACUGUUCUUAGCUAUAGUAUGUUUUCUUUUGUUGCCUGCAUGCAUAACAAAACUUCUCUCGCCUUAUGUAGAUAUUCUGUUAUUUUCAAGGAUUCUUUGCCAAAAGGCAUAAAUGGUACCUUUACAGUAAUACAUGAAAUGUUUGUAUAAGCUAUUGUAGCUGUCAUAGAUCAUCUGGAGCAAGUAAAAUGAGAAGCUACAGUGGCAGCAAAUCUAGAUUCCUUUAAAAUGUGCUUAAAGCAUUACAAGUGUAAUGUAUAAAUACUGUACUAUUUUUUGCCGUAAUGAUUGAACUGAGCUUACAAACAUAAAGAUAUGCCCCUGCACAAUCAAUUUUGAGUUAUAACUGCCAUGGCCUUAUUGUUCCUAUACAAAUUCCUGCACUGUUGCAAUACAGAAGUACUGCCCCCAUUUACAAAUUGAGCUUGCAUUUUUAACCUCUAUAUGCUUCAAUAAAAUCCUAUAUUGUUGGUGCUGUGGAAAAGGUUCACUGACUCCCUAUUAUAUAUGUGGCUCACCAUGGACUGCUGUACUUGACAAAAGCAAUUCUGCUUGUGCCUAAAAAAAUAAGGAAAUUGAAUUAGAACCUUUCCUGCAGAAACUAAAUUAUUGUUUACGUAACUGCCCUUUUGCUAAAUUCAACAUAUUUGGGAUUUUAGUGUAUAUCACACAGCUUUCAGUGUUUUGAAGUCCCCAAAUCACUAUCAACUUUUUAAUCUUGCAUUAAUCUUGGCAUGUGAACAACUUACACAUUUAUGAAAUUCUGUAAAUAUGUGAAUUUUUUUAUUUAGGUGGAAUGCAUUUUGUUUGUUUACUGCUAUUUAGCUUUAUCCAAUAAACUUUAAGUUUUCAGGGUUA